GACCGGUAAUUUCUUCAGUUGGAUUUUAGAACAUCGAACGGGCGGGCGUGUGUAGGAUGGAUCGUUAAGACUCAAAAAUAAUUUUUUCAUUCCGCCUUCUAGCAGUGUUUGUUUUUACCUUUGACACGUUUUCCGUAAAUCCUUCUCGACCGUGGUGCUUUAUUUCUUUUAAAUUUGGCGUUUAUUUUCUAUUAUACCCUUUAUCAAAGCGCCGUUCCGAUUUCUCGUCGAGAAGGCGGCCGCACAAGUUCGAAAGCGGCUUUUUAAGAGUAGUCCCACCUACUCGAUAAUUUUAUUAUCAUUGCAUCAACGAUUCAAGCAAAUAUCAAGAUGGUGAAGAAGAUCUCAGAAGAAAGUGUAGAUAGCGGCGUCGGUCGCGGCAGCAGUCAGUCAGGGAGCGAACGGGAGAUAGAAGUACCCCGUGGUUCGGAAGCGUCAGCACCUGUGGCGAUCCCUGACAGCGAGGACCUCCAGCGCCGCAAGGAAGAGGCCCGCAGGAAACGCCGCAGGAAGAAGCGUUCUGGCAGCUCCGUGGUUACAUCAUGUUUCCAAGACCUGUACAAGUUGACGGGCGAGGUUCUCGGUGAGGGAGCAUACGCUUCGGUACAAACAUGUGUGAACAUAUACACGGGGCAAGAGUUCGCUGUGAAGAUCAUCGACAAAGUGCCGGGGCACGCCCGCGCCCGGGUCUUCAGGGAAGUGGAGACCUUCCACUAUUGUCAGGGCCAUCCCAACAUAAUCCAGCUCAUUGAAUUCUUUGAGGACACCGACAAGUUUUACCUUGUCUUCGAAAAGAUCAACGGCGGUCAGUUGCUCGGGCGCAUACAAGAGCACCAUUACUUCUCUGAACCGCAAGCUGCAGAAAUUGUACGCGAAAUUGCCAAUGCGCUGCAUUUCCUUCACGGCAAGGGCGUGGCCCACCGCGACCUGAAGCCGGAGAACAUUCUAUGCGUCUACCGAGAUAGGCUCUGCCCAGUGAAGAUAUGCGACUUUGAUCUCGGUAGCGGCAUCAGCUUCACCUCAAGCCUGGCCAGUCCACUGGCAACGCCGCAACUAAUGACGCCGGUUGGCAGUGCCGAAUUUAUGGCGCCUGAGGUGGUAUCUCUAUUCGCUGGGUCGGCUGCAACGCAUUACGACAAGCGAUGUGAUCUGUGGUCUUUGGGGGUGAUCGCAUAUAUUUUGCUCUGCGGUUACCCUCCGUUUCGGGCAAAUUGCGGUGCUGAUUGUGGGUGGGAAAGGGGGGAGAAUUGCCGUGCGUGCCAGGAUUUGCUCUUCACUUCUAUACAGGAGGGCAGAUAUACAUUCCCCGAAGAGGAAUGGUCGGAGAUAUCGCAUGAUGCCAAGGACCUCAUCCGGCAACUGUUGGUCCGAGAGGCAUCUCAUCGGCUCAGUGCUGAGAGAGUUUUGAAGCAUCCGUGGCUUCGUCGAGCUGAUUCCGCUCACUACCCACCGCUGCAGACACCUAUUAAUAUCAAGCGCAACCUAUCAGCGCGCAAUCUGUCAAACUUCGCGGAGUCAGCAAUGGCGGUGAACCGUGUGAUUCAACAGCACUUCUCUAUGAACUACUCUUACAUGGAGCGCCCUACACUUCGCGGUACCAAGUCUUGCCACCCUGCCGCCAACCAGAUAAUCGAGGAGCUGCAGAACAUGACGGUGGCCGAUAGAUGCGGGGACUACUGUGCCCCCUUCGGCCUGUCUCCUCCCACCGAGUCGCAGUUGCUGCGCCGUCGGCUUCAGGCCGAUAAACCUCUUCCUGUGCAUUAGCCGCACUUUAUGGGCGUAUACUCCGGUGAAAUCACCAUUCAAUUUUGGUAAAUUCAUGUCUCAAUAUCUCUCAACUAAUUCCGAAAUAAAGUCAUGAAUCAAACGGGCAGAAGUUGGGUUUAUAAGGGGUAUACGCCCAUGCCGGUAUCAUCACCUCAUCGCUACGUUGUUUGAGAAAAUCUUAACUGUAGGACAUCUACCGUCUCAAGAUUACUCGGGGUCGGCCAUUCGAAGUGAUGUCACCGGUGACUACCGCCGAUUUGCCAGACAAUAUUGUGCGGCAGUUCUGGAUGAGACACGAAAUUUGCUUCAAAUUUAAAACAAUGAAUUUUGAAGAAUAAAUUUAUGACGAUAUCGGAGAAUUGAAGCAAAUUCCGGGUUGUAUUGGAAUUGUUAGUCCACCUUUUUCAAAAUUAAAGCCGAGUGUGCGCAGAUGUUCGGCAUAAUCGGGGCUCGACGCGGCUGUGCCCGUCACAUUCCUAGCACAGGUCCAACUCCCUGUGAUAGCCCAAAGCCGAGUCGCGACCGGUCGGCCUACUGAUCGUGCGACCGGUCGGGCGACAAAUCGUGCGACCGGUCGGGCGACUAAUCGUGCGACCGGUCGGGCGACUAGUCGUGCGACCGUUGCACGUUGCGGUUUCGACGUGAGACUGUGCCAAUGGAUAUUCCACCAGUGAUAGAUCCGAUCGCAAUUACUGUGAACGGUACUUAGGACUGUAACAGUUUUAUUUGAGCCUUUUAAAGAUAUAUUUUUAUGAAUAAAUAAAAACGACUGAAUAGUUUUUAUCGAUGUAGAGUAUUUUGUGAGUUUAUGUUGAGGCGGCCCCCGCCGAGACCGUCCCCGGUCGAUAAAAUCGUAUUAUAUGGAGAUAGUUGUGCUGAUACAUACUUUAUUACUGCUACAGAUAAAAAUAAUUUUUUUUUUGUUGGAUUUAUAAAAUCCUCUAUAAUAAUUUGAGCUUGUGUGAUUGCCUUUGUUCGUGGCUUAUCCUUGCAAUAAAUUUUUUGUUAUGUAAUAUUUUCAAUACUAGUCUGUAUAUUAUGUGAUGCAUUUUUACCAACAACGGAAAACGUUUCUCACUAUGUAAGAUUCAAUCGAGUUAGGUUUUUAUACGAGUGUUAAGGGCAAUAAAUGACAUUCCAGCAUUUGGCGGAUAAAUUAUGACGGUUCUUAUUAAUUACAGACUUAUCAGACAAGUCUAUGGGAAAGUAGUGUAUGAGGAUCUGCCUCAUAGUGUGUCCGACGAAGGCCUAGUGUGGAGUUCAGUGUAAUUGUGCAAAGAUCUAUAAAAGUACACGAACAUCAUAAUUUAUUAAUAAUUGUAUGAAAUGUCAUGAAUUAUUGACUUAAACUGUUGGUUGAGAGUCGCAUGGGAUUCCAUGGGCUGCCAUAAUAUUUUGAUCAGUUUGAAUACUUUUAUAUUGCUGAAAGAUUGUACCUAAUGUUGAGGUAAUGUUAAGUGUAGACUUGCUAGAUAUACCUGCGUACACUGAUUGGAGAAAGUAACACGUAGCGAUACAUUCGAUGAUAUUGAUUUAAAUGAAUUAAAUGUGUUAAAUUUAUUUAUCCUGCCCGGUGGCUUUAUCCAAUCAAUUCUAAUACUUACGCAGAUCUUGUUAAUUUUUUUUGUUUACGACUAAAUUUUUGAUUUUAAACUUUAUUGAAAUACAAAAUGUUUGAAUUUCA